AUGGCGAGGACGAGAGCGAGAGCCACAACGGCCAAGACGGCCAGCGCAACCACGACAGCGGCAAACACCAGCGCGCCCGCCGCAUACACUCUCCAUGCCGAGGCCGAGACCCCGCCCCGGCUAUUCGUGAUCCCGAAGAAGGCGACAGACGCCGCGCGCAUCGUGACGCUGCAGCACCCGCGCUACGGAAAACCGACGCGCUACCUAGUCUGUCCCGAGGCGGGCUUCUUCGAGUUCACCAAGAUCGCCGCGCCCAAGACGACGCCGCGGAGCUGGCUGAUCGAGAGUGCGACACAGGAUGGCGCGGCGGCGUCAGCAGCUACGCAGACUACAAAGAGCGCCGACUUCUACGUCGCGACGCCCAUCGACCCCCUAUUCCUAAUCCUACCCACACUGGCCGCCGGCAGGGAGAAGAAGAAGCGCAUGUUCCUGUCGAGCGAGGACCACUUCGACGCCGUGUCAGACCCGAGCCGGCACCUGUCCAAGGUGCUGACGUGGCCCGCCGCGCGGCAGCUGAUCGAGGCGCGCAUGGCGGCCGUGUGCGACGCCGUCGAGGCCGGCGACGACCCCAUGUUCCGGCUGAACGAGGCGAAGCUGCUGCGCGAGCUGCUGGCCAAGGCGCGGCGCAUGGGCGCCCAGGGCCUGCCGCCGAGCAUGGAGGAGAAGUUCGUGGCCAAAACCCUCGAGGCGCCCAUUCUCGGCAUCCAGAGCCAGCAGGCGUCCUCCGAAGCCCUGCCCAGUGGCGACAGCACCCAGAAGGCAUCAGACGAUAGCGGCAGCAGCAACAUCGCGACACCCCAGUCGGAAUCCACCGACUCCCAGUCUACCGUUUCGUCGCUUGAGACGGCAGCCAGCGAAGCCUCGACAGCCGCUACUUCGUUAUCGUCAGACGGUACGGCCAGCAGUGAAAUCGUCAACGCCAUGACAGCGUCCCCAGAGGUCGUAGCGCUGCAGAGGCUGCGCGUGGCCUUUGACUUCAUCUGCUCGAGCUACCUAGUGCCAUCCCUGGCGGAGCAGCUCAAAGCGCAGCUUGCUCGCACAAGCACAGCCACAGCCACACGCGCGCGCGACGAGGACGAGGACGAGCGGCUGGAGAAGCGUCGCAAGAAGGAGGAGGAGGACAAGGUCAAGAAGGCCAGCCAGAGCCUGGGCGUCAAGAAGCUGAUGAAGGUCAACACGUCGGGCAUGAAGAAGCUGAGCGAGUUUUUCAAGAAGAAAUAA